AUGUCACCACAGCCUGUGUGCCAUGCCGCGAAAGUAAAGGUACGCGCCGGAACCGACGGCCAGUUCCCAUCCCUGGGGAUCUUUCCACACCGGAAGCCCCUUCCAAGCAUAUACAAUCAAUUGACGAAGCUUAGUGUGAUGGCCAGACCCCAUGUUGUUCCAACUGCAAGCGGAAAGGCAAGAAUUGCCAGUUCCAGGCGAAUGAGGACAAACGGAACGAUCGAACUCCUCUGCGCCAGAGUCGACCAAAUGAGCCACUUUAUCCAGCAAAAUAAUUUGCGGCCCCCGCCCAUGCAAGAAGACGACGAGACCGUUCUACUACGAGUGUUGAAGAACGUCGGUCUGAUUCAUGCCUACCCGAGAGAAGACCAUGUAAGGCGUCUUAGUACGGACCCGGACGAGCCAAACUCCACAGAUCUUGCCCCAGAGUGCGAUUCUAGCCCGGCAGCACGACUGCAAGACACGGACCAGCAGUGUAUCCGUACGACGAGCAUCAGUCAAGACAUUUCAACGUUCGAUACUCCAUCGUCUGACCAGGUUCAAAGCUUAAUCUCAAACUUGCCACUAGAUUGGAGGGAAUGCCGAAAGAUUGCAUCGAAUGGACAGACAGACAGCCUCGAGAUCGACUGGGACUGGCACAGCUCAGACGAUCUUGUCGACAUAUCUCAUCCCGGAGUAACAACGAAUGUGACAGUUGAAGGAAUACCUGUAUCAAAUGACGUCCACUUAGUCCCAGAGAAAUCCGGCCAUGCACUCGGUCCGUCACUUUCGUUUCCAACAACUAUCAGUGGCGACGAUAGCGACGCUGAAAGCACAGAGGAGCUGGUAGAUCGUUUGUCAGAGCGUGUAGGGUCUCUGCAAAUCGGAUCGGACGGUCAAAUACGGUACUACGGCCCUACAUCGAAUUUCAAUUUGGUACAGAUGCCUGCCCCAGACAACAUGACCGUCCAUCGAACGGUGAGAAACGAUGGACAGGAAAUUCUAGAUCGUCUGGAUAUAGGAAAGGAAGUACCGAACGACAUCGAGGAGCACUUGGUGAAUCUUUACUUCACGUGGCAAGAUCCUGCCUCACAUGUCGUGAAGCGGGAUUUGUACGAAAAGGCCAAGGUGCAGUGGCGUGAUCGCAUGGUUGAUAACCCAUACUAUUCAGAAGCUUUGAGAAACGCGAUUUGCGCCCUAGGGGCUGCGUUUGAAUCACGUCACCACCCAACAUUCGUCACAUUUCCGAAGUCUUUAGCAGACUUCUUCGCCGACAGAGCUAAAGCUCUCCUGGAUAUUGAGCUUGACUGCCCUUCGGUGGCUACAGUUCAAGCUAUGGUUAUUCUGAGUGGCCAUGACAUUGGGUGCAAGCGGGAUGCUCGAGGAUGGCUUUAUAGCGGAAUGGCCAUGAGGCUUGCAUUCGAUCUGGCACUGCAUGUUGACAUGACACCAUAUGUUAAAAUAGGAUCCAUCAGUCAAGAGGAAGCAGACCUGCGCAAAACUGUAUUUUGGGGGGCGUACACCAUUGACCACCUUUGGGGAUUGCAUUUAGGUCGCCCGUUCCGAAUUAACAUGGAAGAUGUCACUGUCGCCAAGCCCGGUACAGGCAGUAGCACUGAUGUAUCAGGGCACUGGUCUGCCUACGUCUCCCCUGGGUCCCACGGCGUGACCCAGCCAGACUAUGCUGAGCUGCUUUGCUCUCAACGGGCACUACUAUGCGACAUCAUGGCGCCUCUCGGUCAUGCUUUAUAUGGAAGCCAAAGAAUUCCACCAAGUGUGCUACAAGAGAUGAAUCAGAAGACAGUGAAGGAGCUUAAGGAGUGGAAAGACUGCUUGCCUUCAGAACUUCAGGUUCAAACUGACGAGAAGAACACGAAAACGCCAUACUUGCCUCACGUAUUGCUGCUGCAUAUGCACUAUUAUCAAGCAAUAAUACAUGCUCAUCGGCCUUGGAUGUCAAAGCAUUACAUCCAACCCCAACCACCUCAAGGUCCGGGUCACAUCCACGCCCGCAAAGCAUGUGUCGACUCUGCUGUGGCGAUUGCCAAGAUCCUUCAACUAUAUGAAGAGAUGUAUACUCUGAAGCGUAUGAACAUACAGGGAGUAACAAUCACCUGCUCCGCGGCACUGCUAUUGAUAUUCGCGACUGUUUCUCACAUUCGACUACCUGGGUGUGAUGACAUGGGAGUCCAGCUGAGUGCUUGCUUCAGAGCCUUGGAUGAGUUCUCAUCUUCAUGGGAGAAUGCCAAAAGGGCUCAUGACUUCCUCAUAAUGCUUCAAAGGCAAUGGGAAAUUAGAGCCCGGUCAAAUCGUCUGCGCCGGCAGUCUUCAGCGACGGCAUCAACUCCCAGAAAGAGACUAAGAAAAGACUCGGAGUCUAAUUCCCCACCUCGUGAUUAUUCCCCUGCAUCAAACAUCCAACCGAGCAAGCGGCAGCAGCAUCAUUCACCUCAGGCUCAAGCAAAUGCGGACGCAAUGGGAGCUGAAUUGGGCAUUGAUCUUGAUUGGAUAUUUGCAGUAGAUAACAGCGCAGGCCCAGAGGCGUUUCUGGGAACAUGGGGGCUAUCGAAGUCAUAUGCCAUUUGA